CCAUCCAUACGACAGGACCUUCCAAGGCCCAAACACAAACAGCGACGUAGAUAGUAUCGUUGGUCGCCGGUCAUACAUCAUCAUCGACCUUAGACUCAGAUCCAAUUCAACAAAAAAAGCUAAGCUUGAACAGCCCCAACCCCAAAAAAAAAAAUUUCCCCGUGACCCUUGAACAGUGUUCCGGGACCUGGUAGAAUCUGUCUGAUGGGCUUGUGGGAUCAGUGUAUGAUUUAAUGAACUCCGUUGUGUGUUGCUUUGGUGUUCUGAUUUCACAUACUAUUGGAGGCGCUAGAGUCUAAAUCCAUGUCUGGGAAUUUAGCUGCACUUGUGGUUCGUGCGUUCGCAGGUUGCAAUAUCUUAAUUGCAGCAUCAUCUUGGAGAUAAAUAAAAAAGAAAGAGAAAAUGAGGAUCAAGAACAAAUACGGGAAACCAACCACUUUCCGUUGCAAUGCAGGGGGCAGAUGUUCAACGUCUGCUGUGAUAUGGAGCUUGGUGGGAUGUCUUCUUAUGCUUCAUCUAUACUCCCUUGCUCGCCACAAGGAUGAAGUGGGUGGAGAGAUCCAAUUGCACAUGAGCCAGCACCCACAAUUCCGUGAACUUGUAGAGGUCGAAGAAGAAAAUAUUCACAUUCCCCCACCAAAGGGAAAGAGAUCUCCACGUGCAGCAAAAAGAAGGCCUAAGCGGCCAACCACACUAAUCGAUGAAUUUCUCGACGAGAAUUCACAACUUAGAAAUAUAUUCUUUCCUGAUCAGAAAACUGCCAUAGAUCCAAUAAGGGAUGCUGGGAAUGAUAGCUUUUACUAUUAUCCGGGGAGACUCUGGUUGGACACUGAUGGAAACCCCAUUCAAGCCCAUGGAGGAGGUGUUCUAUACGAUCAAAGAUCAAGGACAUACUAUUGGUAUGGAGAAUAUAAAGAUGGUCCCACUUACCAUGCACACAAAAAAGCUGCAGCACGGGUUGACAUCAUAGGAGUUGGCUGCUAUUCUUCCAAGGACUUGUGGACUUGGAAAAAUGAGGGUAUAGUCCUGGCAGCAGAAGAAACAAAUGAAAGCCAUGAUCUCCACAAAUCCAACGUUCUUGAGAGGCCAAAAGUGAUUUACAAUGAGAAGACAGGGAAGUAUGCUAUGUGGAUGCAUAUAGAUGAUGCCAAUUAUACAAAAGCUUCCGUGGGCGUUGCCGUGAGUGAUUACCCAGAUGGUCCUUUUACUUAUCUCCAUAGCAAAAGGCCUCAUGGAUUUGAGAGCAGGGACAUGACAAUCUUCAAAGAUGAUGAUGGUGUAGCAUAUCUGAUAUACUCCUCUGAUGAUAAUAGUGAACUUCAUAUAGGACCGCUUACUGAAGAUUAUCUUGAUGUGUCUGAUGAUGUCAUGAGAAGAAUUCUUGUGGGACAACAUCGUGAAGCCCCGGCUUUAUUCAAGCACCAGGGGACUUAUUACAUGAUCACAUCGGGUUGCACUGGAUGGGCCCCAAAUGAGGCGCUGGCUCAUGCAGCUGAGUCAAUCAUGGGGCCAUGGGAGACAAUGGGCAACCCAUGCGUUGGAGGGAGCAAAAUAUUCAAGCUUACAACGUUUUUUGCACAAAGCACAUAUGUGAUUCCUCUUCCAGGGUUUCCGGGUUCGUACAUUUUCAUGGCAGAUCGGUGGAAUCCAGCUGACUUGAGGGACUCAAGAUAUGUGUGGUUGCCUUUGAUAGUUGGUGGACCAGUUGAUCGCCCACUUGACUAUAAUUUUGGAUUCCCAUUGUGGUCAAGAGUGUCCAUAUAUUGGCAUAGAAAGUGGAGACUUCCUCUGGGGUGGAGUAGUACUAGUGGGUUUUAAGUGACAUAUUGGUUUUGUUUUUUUUGAAAAAAAAAAAAUUUAAAUGGUAUGUAUGUAUAUCAUAUAAUUUGAUGGCUCCGGGGUCAUUCUUUCACUGGUUUUCAUUAUCAUUACCGGGAUUUGCUUAUUUCUA